AUGGAAAUUGCAACCAAUGUAAUUUUCGUUGAGGAUCUGUAUCGAAUCGCCUGGGAGGUGGCGAGUGCACUGGAGUUCCUCGCCUCCAAAAAUGUCAUCCAUCGUGAUGUGGCGGCCCGCAAUAUUCUGCUUACUUUGCAAAAAACAUCUAAGCUGUCCGACUUCGGGCUGAGUCGUAGCUCAAAUGAGGCGCUCUACACUUCGCAUGGCGGCUGUCUCCCCAUCAAAUGGACGGCUCUUGAGGCAAUCGAGUUCGGUAUAUUUACCGAGAAAGCUGAUGUCUGGUCAUUUGGGGUUCUUCUCUGGGAAAUGUUCUCUUUCGGUGACACGCCCUACGAGGAUCUGGAGCCAUCAAGACUGCUCGGCGAGCUGCAGAAAGGCUUUCGAUUGAUACCCCCGCACCGGACACCGACACAAAUUUCGGAAGUGAUGACUUCUUGUUGGAAAACCCGUCUCACAAACCGACCCACCUUCCAGGAAAAGACCGGGAAUUAUCGACGUAAGCCGACCGAUUUUCUUUGGGGGCCGAAAGUGACGCGUCAUACACGAGCUCUUCUUCGUCUCACCACAAAUCCAACAAAUCACCGGUGGAUCGUUGCGGUUCGAGUUUACGAUCACGAAUCGUUUCCACGACCAGCCGCUACUCAACAAAACUCU